CUUGCACACUUGUACACUUGCAGCUCGUACAUUUGUCUAGCUUGACUAUGCUUUUGAUCGCCACUAGUUUUGGAGGUUAUAGCUGUUAAAGAAUACUGGUACUAGGAACGACAUCGUUGCACCACCGAUAGCGCAGACGUCCAGUAUGUGGUUACCCUGCCGAGACGACACCAUCAAAAUCAAGGUGCAGGUCGAGGGACGGUCUCUCCCGGUAUAUCAAGUCAAGCACUUCUCGGAUGCCGAGCCCCUCCGCAGCGAGGGUUGGAUCUGCUCGGAGGAAGGCAAGACCUACAAGGUUGUUGCAGAUACGUCAGGCUAUACCGCUCAUCAGAGGAACAAACAUAAACACUUGAAAGCGAAGCUCAAGGUUGAUGGAAUCGUAACGCAGACCUACGGCUUAAUUGACCACACACGUGAAAUCGCUGAAUUCGAAGGACCUGAGCUAGACGCCCAGUCCUAUCAAGAAUACAAAUUCGCAAAGCCGCAAUUGCUAGCAGAAGACGCUGAAGAGGAUGAAGGUUCUGGUGGCGGAAUAUUAAGCGCAGCGUGUGGUUCGAUCGAGGUCACUUUCAUGCGCCUACAAUACAAGGAGACGAAACGACGCUCGGUGUAUCAGCCGCAAGCAGUGCAGAUGACCGGGGCGGUUUCAGAGAAGUCAAAGAAGGGUGCUAUGUCGCUCGUUACUCAGCUCGGAGAGAUCAAACAGAUGGAGGAAAGUAUAUAUACUUGCACCACCCUGAGCGUUCAAGACCAAGAUUCGAGUCCCUACUGCAAGCUGACUCUUCGGUACGGAUCGAAGAGCUUGUUGAUGGCCAUGGACAUCGUUCCUCGCGAUGCUGAUGCCAGGGAGAGAUCCGACUCGCAAACGUCUGAUCCUGACGAAUCGGAACUGAACUCCGAGUUGAAUUCGAACUUGGACUCGCUUUCAGAGGAUGACGACGACGAAUCUCGCAAGCCGCGCAUCCCGAGCCCUGAUCCUGAGAGAAUCGCCGCCGAGGAAAGGUUGCGACGUGCUCGAGAGGAAGUCGAGGCGACCGAGCGAGCGGAAGAGAGGCUGAGGCGAGCUCGAGAGGAGAUGGAAGCGGCCGUACAAGCGGAGGAGAGGCUGCAACGCGCACGAAAGGAGCUGGAGGAGGCCGAACAGUUAGCCAGUUCGCUGCAGCAGCCGACCGCGAACGCCUCGACCAGCAAGUUGACUACCAAAAGGAGACGAGGAGGGGAAGACGAGGACGACAAGGCGACGGUGAAGAGGAAGUUGCAGAGCGAGAUGACGGAAUCACUGAAACGGUACCAUGGCACGACUAUCGAUUUGACCUCGGAUGACGAAACGCCCGUCAUGAUUGUGAAAGGGGAGACGCUUGAUUUGACCGGCGCCUAGUAAUGCUAGUGACGCGCUUAACGAGAUGUAUCUGGGGGACUGAGUUUCCAAAAUUACGACGAACUUACGAUGUACGACUGACUAGACUUUACUUAUGCAGCCUUUCGGCGAUCCUGAUCAUAUUUCCACCUUACAUAG